CUCGCCUUCGCUGGAGGGCUUGCGCCGGCCCUGCGGUGGGGCCGAGCGCCGCUCUUUGCCUGCCGCGUGCUGCGCCUUCCCGCUCUGAGUCGUGGGAAGGUCCCGCCAGGCCUGCGUCCGGCGCGGGGCCGCGCGUAUGCGUCUGCGUGCGCGUGCGGUGACCCCGUUGGCUAGCCCAAGGGGGCGUGGACGCCCGGAUGUCCCGUCUCCCCAGCCCCGCAGCCGCGAGGAGCCUGUCGCGCCUGCCCUCUCCGCGAGUCGCAGCCGGUGGCGGUGUGUGGGAACGGUGCGGGUCGCCUCGCUCGGGAGCGUUUCCCUGGGGCGCGAGCUCCGGGGGUCGGACUUAGAUGAAGGCGGAUCUGGCGAGGACGGAAAGGUUGAGUUUGGGUGGAUGGGUCCCCCCGUGCCACGCGGGGGGACCGUCGCACGCGGGCCCUGGCGGCGGGACCGGGUCGUGGGAGGUCCCAGGGUGGCUGGGCCUGGCCGGCGUCUCAGGCGUCGUGGGACCGCCUUCGUGUGUGUGGCGGUAGGACCCCGCACUUGUUUUCCUGGUGGUCCGGUAGUGUCUCGGCCCUUCCUCUCCUUGGGCAGCGCCCCGCGCCCCUGCCCCGCGGCCCUCGCCGUGUGUGCGUGCCGCCACCUCCCCGUCGCCGCCGGCCCUCACCCGCCCCCACCCUUCCGCGCCCCCUUCCCCGUCUGGGACCGAGCCGGCCUCGCCCACGUGAGGGUGUCGCCCCCCCGCCCACGGUCCUCAAGGACAACGGCAUUCCCUUCGGUCGGGUCACUCAGGAGGCUGGAGAGUUCAUGGUGACGUUUCCCUAUGGCUACCACUCUGGCUUCAACUGCGCGGAAGCCAUCAAUUUUGCCACCCAGCGCUGGAUCGAUUAUGGCAAAGUGGCCUGGGAAUAGGGCUCUGCAUGACCUUUGGAAAGAUCUUCGUCAGAAUAAGGGAGAUUUCAGGUAGAAAGCCAGAGCCGUCAGGACAUGGGUCUGCAUUUGGAGGCCAGCUGCCCAGAGAACACUGUCUCUCUCUCUGGGUCCUUGAAUAUCUCCAACUGGAAUCAGGAUUUUGUUGGUAGAAGGUUUGGCUUGGAAACUUCCAUGAAGAGACUUUCUGCUACAGUGAGGUGAGAAGCCACCCAUGCACUCAAGCCUGGGAAUCUGGAGAGGUCUCAGGCACUUAUACCCCCAACAGAGGAAACUCACAGAGCUGCAGGCUGAGGCAGGACUUGGCUCAGAGAGCCGUCUCAUCUGGGAAAUACUGGAUUUCCUUUGGCUCCAAAAUGCUGACAAGAGUAGAGUCCUUCUGGUGGAUGGACAAGCCUGGAGAAGAUACAAGCUCGUUUGUUUAAAAGUUCAAGUCUGAGUUCCUGCCUCUCAGCUCUAUCAAAACUUCUUUAAAAAUAAAGGAAGUAUAGGGAAGAGGUUACUCCCCAGCAUUCUCAGGUAUCCAAAGCAUACCUAAGAAGCUGGCAGUCCGUUGCUUAUUCUGUUGCCGCCAUGCAGUCUAAGCACUUUGGGAGCCAGAACCCAAGUUGUAAGAUUAUGAUCGUCCACCCAACCAUGGAAGAAUUUGAAGAUUUCAGCAAAUAUAUUGUUGCCAUGGAGUGGCAAGUUGCACACCGAGCUGGCCUAGCCAAGGUAAUUCCACCGAAAGGAUGGAAAGCCGGACAGAUGUACGAUGAUACCGAUGACAUCUUAAUAGCCGCUACCCUGCAGCAGGUGACCACUGGGCAGGCAGGUGUGUUUACUCAGCACCACAGAAAGAAGAAAGCCAUGACCGUGAGCGAGUAUCGCCGCUUAACAAACAGUGAAUGACACCAGACUGCAUUCUACUCUGAUUUUGAGGAUCUGGAGUGAAAAUAUUGGAAAACACGCCCCUAUGAUUCACCAGUAUACGGUGCGGACGUCAGUGGCUCCUUAUUCGAUGAAAACACGAAGCGGUGGAACCUUGGACACCUGGGAACCAUUCAGGACCUGCUGGAACAGGAGUGCGGAGUGGUCAUCGAAGGCGUCAACACCCCCUGCCUGUAUUUCGGCAUGUGGAAGACCGCCUUCGCCUGGCACACAGAGGACAUGGACCUUUACAGCAUCAACUACCUGCACUUCGGGGAGCCCAAGACUUGGUACGCGGUGCCCCCGGAGCACGACCGGUGCCUGGAACGCCUGGCCAGGGAGCUUUUCCCGGGCAGCUCGCGGGGCUGUAAGGCCUUCCUGCGGCACAAGGUGGCUCUCUUCUUGCCCAAGGUCCUCAAGGACAACGGCAUCCCCUUCGAUCGGGUCACUCAGGAGGCUGGAGAUUUCAUAGUGACGUUUCCCUAUGGCUACCACUCUGGCUACAACUGCGCGGAAGCCAUCAAUUUUGCCACCCAGCGCUGGAUCGAUUAUGGCAAAGUGGCUUGGGAAUAGGGCUCUGCAUGACCUUUGGAAAGAUCUUCGUCAAAAUAAGGGAGAUUUCAGGAAUCCAAGCCUGCCCUGGGAAGGCUGCUCAGAAUGAAGUCCAUGCUUUAAUUCCACCCUAUCGCCAAGCCACGUGGACCCCUAACUGGGAGCUGCAGGAUUAUGACUAUUUAAUCCUCCUCUGUGCAUUUCCCCUUGCUUUUUUUCCUGCUUCCAAACCCCAACUCUGUCUCAUGUUUCUAUCGGCCAAGAGAGAGCCUUGGACCAGCCCACCAGCAAGCACAGUCCUCCUGGGGUACAGACCACAAUCUGCCCAUCACCCGGGUCGGUUGGGCUGAGACAUAUGAGCACAGCCUGGUGUUUUCAGCUGCUUCCCGAGCAGAAGGGCAGGAGGCAGGGCCUCCAUGCACAGGACUGGGAAAGUGGUGGCCCUGCUCGGGGUUCCUUGUCUUGCACACCUUCGUGCCUGGGAGUUACUCCGCUAAGGAGAGUUUUCUCUACAUUUAGCAAAAGCAGGGCGAGUGCCUAGGAAAGUUACACACAUUGGUCCCUCAGGUAACAGCCCUACCCUUGGCCAGGGAGACCACUUAUCCAAGCAAAAUUACUGGAUUUUUGACUGAAUAUGACUUAAUCUGUAUGGCAUAAAGAAAGGAUUUCUCAGCUAUUGGCACAUGGGCAGAUUGUUCAGAUGGUUAAAUAUUGCAGUGUUUUAGAAGUGGAAAAAUCCUACUACCUCACAUGAAGGUAAGAAAACCAAUGUUGAAAGAAGUCAAAUGAGACACAGGGCAAGACCCAGUCUGCACAUUGACUGGCAGCAGAAUAUGUUAGAACCAGAACUCCUGGUGCAGGUUUGUUUGCUUCUAUAGGAUGUGAAGUUUGUCCAGCUGGCCAGUUAUUUUAAGCUAUUGGCUUUUAAGUCUGGAGGUUGUGUGCAGUGGGUUGGAGAGGGGAGCCUGACCUGGAGAUGGAGGAAAAGUUCAAAGCCGUCUUCGUUUCUGUCAGCAGCUCUCUCUCCCUCCUCACCAAGUGAUCUCGGGAGGUGAAAUGAAAGUCAUGUCAGUUUAUACCCAGGAGAACCUGGAAACAAUAAAGGCUUAAAUUUAGACAAGAAAAAUGAAAACGAAUGAUCAUCAAAAGAGGCACUCUUAUGGUCAAUUAAAAAAAAAAAAUCCUACUGAGACACUAAAGCAAGAUUUGGGGAUUUUCUUUUCAUAGAAUUGUCAUGGUGUGAGGAAUUUGAGAGACAUUUGUAUCCAAGCUUUUCUUGGGAGAUGAGGUCACUUUCUCACAAGUACUUUUAAAUAAACACACACACACGCAGCUAUACAUAUAUGUACGUAUAUGUAGUUUAUUUUAAAACCAUAGUAUUUCUUAUUUUUCUGUAUUUUGCCCUAUUUUCUGCUAAAGGCCACUAUGCAUUCACAUUUAAAUGUGGCUUCAGCUUCAAUUUAGCAUAACAUGUACCCCAAUUUAUUGGGUAUCAAGUGGUUAACAGAAAUGCCAUGAAUGCAUAUUCAAGGAGACCCUUUAGCUGCGUUAAGAAGAAAGUACCAGCUUUCCUGCUAACCUAGAAAUGUAAUUUUUAGUUCAUUCCUCAAUCAGGAGGCAACGUUUCAAAGCCCAACCUGAAAGCAUGAAAUUUAACCUUCCUAAAGGUGAGAAGAGACCCAAAUCACAGAUGAGGAACAAGAAUUCUUGUGGAAGUAGACUUAGCAGUUAUGAAGCUGCAGGAAGAUAAAGAAGCUUAUCUUAGGAUAAUAAAUACCUACAGGCUGGCAUUUUGUAAGAAAUGUCACUUAUAUAAAAUGUGGAGGUUGUUGGAUAUCAAUGUUAUGUUGAAACACAUUCCUACGUAAUUAUUUUAACUAAAGGCACCUGGUAAGGGCAAACUUGAGGCAGUUUUUUGUGUUGUCUCUUUUUUUUAAUUUUAAGAUAAAAUAAACUUUCAGGUAAUUGCUUCCCACCAUUUUGCUGUUUUGUUUUGGUUUUCCCUUAUACCAGCAGAAACAAAAGACAUCCAUCAUGAAGCAGAACUUUUUUGAAGUGGGACAACCAUGUGUGCCCUCCCUCAACCUUAAGGCAAGUAGACCGAUUCCCUCUUCCUCUAAAUUCUAGCAUUCUGACUCCACAGGAAAGUACAGUAGUCCAACAGAUCUACCAAUACUCUCUUGUUAUAAAAUGCUAGAGAGUUUCUGGAGAUGGAGUUUAAAAAUUGCACAGGAGGCAAAGAACUUUCUAAAACAAAGAGGCUUGAGAUCCUAACCCUUUUCUGUAAGGUUAGAGAUUGUUAGAAUAUUUCUGAUGGACUGAAGUAGCUUCAAAUAAAUUGAGCAGUCCAUGAGGGACACCAGGGGAUAAGCCACUGGUGAGUCUCUGCAGGCUUCCUAGAGUCACCACCAAGGGUGGGGCAGCCCAUUGCGGACGCAGCACAGGAACGAUGGCAGAACCACAUGCAGCCCUCCUCCCACCACUACCCAGGGUCCUGAAGCUGAGGACACGUGGCUUGGGGAGCAUGGAUAUCUCAGGUAUGUUCAAAGAGCAGCCUAACAGUGGCUCAGACUGACUUUGGUAAAAGGAACAUUCUCCUCCCCCAAGGAAAUACCACAAGAGUGAUGCACAUCAGACACCGUAACCCAUCCUGCCGCGGGCACAGAACCUUGAGGCUUCCUGCUCACCUGAUUCAAGGUGGUGUCUGCCUGAGCUUCUGCAGUCCUUCCGCAAGGACCACCCAAGUGCUCAGCUCAACUGAGUGUAGCAGCCACAUCCUAGAGAACAGCCUGGACCCUCCUGCAGGAUGAUCGGAUUUCAGAAUCCUCAGCAGUCCUUUGGGUUUAUAUUUUUCUCUUUGAGCUGUUGGUACCUACCCCUGAAUUGCUGGAUUGAGUCAGAACUUGUCCUUUUCACAGUAAGAAGAGAACUCUGGAAAAAAGAAAAACAAUAGUCUCUCCAUUUGCAGAUGGCAGACUGGUCAUAAUCUGGAGGUUAAGAGAGUUCCCUGAGUUUAUACACCAAACCAAUGAACUGGAUUAUAUGGCAGCUACAUGAAGCUUACCAUUCUGGAAGAUGGAAGGUGGUGAGCAGUGUAUAAAGGGGGAAGCCACUGGCCUGUGUGUGGAAAUUGAAGCAUGGAGGGAAGAGCCAGGUGCAAGGAGACCCAGGCAGGAAGAAAUGAUAACCUCUGGAUUCUCAGCUUUCAAAUCCCAGCAACUCAUUUGAUUCUCACAACAGAACCAACUACGAAGACGCUGAGACUAUAAAGGAACGAAACAUCUCACUGGACUAGUGCCCAUGUUUCAUAGGACUGGGAGCAGGUGAGGAGCUCGAUAAUAGCCAGAAAAGGAGAGUUGUGGGCCAUUCCUUUAGACCAGUGGCUGCAGUCUGACCAUGUGAAGGCUCCGGACGCGCAGACUCAGCAGCCAUGGCCCACGGGCCCAGCCGCUCCGCGCCACAUGGGAUCUUCCCAGACAGGGGCCCGAACCCGUGUCCCCUGCAUCGGCAGGCGGACUCUCAACCACUGUGCCACCAGGGAAGCCCUGCCCAAACUUAUUUUUUAAAUUAAAACAUUUUCUGCAGAAAUAUUUGUAACAUGUAUUAUAUAUGUUCCUUCUGUAAGUUAGAAUCUCAUGGUUAAUAUUUUAAUUUCUUGAUUAAUGAAGGUACAUAUGUACAUUGAACUAUACAAAAUACAGUAUUGCUCCAAAGCCAGCUAAGAUGUGUACAACUAGUUUCCCCUUAAAUGGAGAUGCAUCUUUGUAUCCUUUUGUCAUUUGUUUUGGAGAGUUUGUAUCUUCUCUGUUAACAUCACCUUAUAGGAUAUCUAUUCUCAUUUCCUUAGUGCAUUUGCUUCUACAAAAUUCCUACCUGCAUCCGUGUCUUCUUAUGAUGGCUAAACUGAGAAAGCUAACGAACAACUUAGUCAGCAUCUGGUGUUAAUGUAAGAGCAAAUAGGUAAAGAGUAUCAGCCUGAUGGGUCCUUUUAUAGGUAAGUUUCAUAAGCAUUUAGUGCAUGGAUUCAGGUAGCUUAUAUACUCACCAGGUAAUUUGCCUUGUUUCACGGAUCUUCCCAGUGUUCUAGACAGUUAAGACGGCCAGGUGAGUGACCCCCAGAUAAAAGAGGAUUUGCUGUAUUUGUCUUUUACUAUUAAUGUACCCCAAAGUGGAUAAUCGUUGUGCAGCAGCUCCAUUUACUUGUCUAUACAAGCUAAAUGCUCUAUCAUAAUUAUCCUUCAAAACAAGUACCUACAUCUGAUGAGUGGCCUACACAAGCGACACUGAAGGGGUACAAUGCUCAUUCCUCUGAUGCAUCUGUCAGUGACAAUCAUCUUUCUGAGAAUGAUGGAUGAUACAAACAGUGGACUCCAAAAAGACCCCUGAGCUUUCAGUGGUCCUGACACUUUAACUAAAAUAGGAAGCUCUUUGCUCAGAAGGAGAAUUGACUCAGUGUUGGAUCCAUGCUAAAAAUGGCUGGGCUGUAACAGGUGAUUUUUGUGAGUUAUAAUGAAAAGUCACCAGAGUCUGGGCAUCUGUGGACAUAACUAAGAUGACAAGAAGACAAAUAUUGAACUGAGGAGCUUGUUGCCACGUUAGUAAGGGAUUCGAUUAAAAACAUCUUAUCAAAUUAAAAGUAUUACAGAGGACCCAGUGAGUUCCGGAAAGCAUGCUAGACACAUCAAUCACAGGAAUGGAACAGCCCAGGCCUGGUCCCUGCAGGAAGGUGCUGUGGGAACAGAGACACGUUGCUCUGUAGGCACGAAUCCCUGGGACGUUCUUGAAAUUAGGCUGCAUUUUCCCUGCCAAGUCGUUGAAAAUGAACUUUAGGCUGUCGAGGCUUAACCGAGAAAUAUUUGUCUUUUUAACAUUUUUAGAGAGGAGGUGAUAAUUUGUGAAAUGAUUGUUAGAAAACCUGAUAAUUUUUGCUGUUCUUGUUGUUGGCUCUCAAAAUUAUACCUUUCCCACACUGCCUGGCCACCUCCCUGUCCUCCAGAAGGAGUGGGUAACAGUUUGGACAUUUUUUUUCUGGUAAUGACAUUUUAAGGCUAUUUGUCAUCUCCUAGAAUACUCUGCCCAUUUUUCUCUUCAGCUCUUCAAAGACGUUAGACCAGAAUCUUAAAAGAGGUCAAAGAUAGAAUAGAUUCUGAAUUAGUGAUUUUGAUUCAGGCAGGGAAGUUCUUAAAAAGGGUGCGUCAAAAAGCAUGUAUGCUUUAUAGUAUGAUGCCUAAAACAGGGGGCAUCAUACUAUGGGGGCUGGAAAUCCUAGAAGCUGUGUUAUCAAGCACAUGUGUAAAUACUGCCAAUGGUCAAGAUUUCAGAGAAAACAAAUUCAGUAUCAGGUUGAAGAGCUUACAUAUUUAUGAUACCUUAUGAAAGGGAAGACAACUUGAAGAUGGUUUUAUCACCAAGAAAAUCAUGAAUCAGGAACAGUGGUCAAUGUGUGUCUCUGUGUGAAAUUGGACUAUUUAGCUAAGUGUGUUGAAGUGCUGAUGAUCUAGGGUUUUAAUUAUGACAUUUGAUGUAGAAUUCAUUUACUCAUUUUCCAUUCAAUUCAGCACGCGUUGAGCAUCUAAUGGGUGCCAAGCAUGAGUUAGACACUGAAGAAUCACAGACAAAUAAAUAUUUUCCCCACUCUCAAAAUAUUCACAAUCUGAAUGGUGAAAGAUACAAAGAAUAUUUUUUCUACAUUGUACCCAGGCAGGAAAAGAUACAAGAGUUAUGAAAUCAUAGAAAAAGAAGUCACUAACUGCUUUGUGAGAGUCCAGAGAAGGCUUUGCAUGCUGAGUUGUCAAGUAAGACCUGGUGUGCAUCAAGUUCAAGGGAUGCCAUGUACUCCUUGGAUGUGUGGACAAAAGUGACAGGGUCUCUAGCCAGAAAAGUAGGCAGCAGCCGGAUUGAGUACACGUUUACCAAAUGAUAAAGUGUGGAAAUUAAUCUAUCAAGAUGGAGAGCUGUGUAAUUUUUCAAAGCACAAGAAGGAAAUGAUCCAGUUGUAAAGAUCCAGUUGUAAAGAUCAGGCUGGCAGCAGAGAAAAGCAUGGAUUGGGGAAGAGCAGUGUUCAGAGGUGAGCAGUCCUUAACCACACAGACGGUAGGAUGUGACGGCAACGUGCUAAUGGAAUGAAGGAGUCGGAGAUUUCUGAAAAGUACCAUACUUGAUGACUAAUUGGACUUGUGGGGAAAUGGAGAGAGGGCCAUCUAGGAAGUCUGAUAGGCUUCGGUGUAAGUAACAGCAUUAGCUGACGUAAGAACAGAGGAGAAUGAAGGUAAUGAAAACAAUUUACAUUUAUUGAUUGCUCGCUGGGAUCAGACGUUAUACCAACUCCUUUCCAUGGAUUAUCUUAUUUCGUCCAAAUGAUAACCCAUGGAAGGAGGCAAUAUUAACAUUCGCAUUUGACACAGGAAAAACCAAGUUAGAAAAGUUAAGCAACGUUUACUGAUCAUACAACUGUUAAAUGGCAGAAAGAGCAAAAAGAUGCCUGCCUUUGUUCUGUAGUUACAUGAAAUCAUAACGGCUAAUACUGGACUUAUCAUUCUUCCCUUCUAUCUCUCUCUUCACUGGAAUAAAAACUUCUUAAGGAAAA